AUGCGCAGAGCAAGCUCCAUCUCUUCUCCAAAUAGGCAGCCUUCAGGAUCCGAAAAUGAGUUAAUUUGGCGGAAGCGCAGGUUUAAUCGGGAGGAGAUGGAGCGUAAAGACGCCAAAACUCAGUUUAUCCACUUUCCUUUUGCGUCUAAAUCGGAGGUGAAGAAGGAGUCUGGGGAGUCCAGCCCGUCGGAGGCCGCCUGCCUCUGCCCUCCUCCGGCGGCAAAGAACCAGUGCGCGAGCUGCGGCAUGGAGAUCCACGACCGCUACCUACUGAAGGUCAACAACCUGAACUGGCACCUGGGCUGUCUGGAGUGUUCAGUGUGCAGAGCGUCUCUGCGCCAACACAGCAGCUGCUACGUUAAAAACAAAGAAAUCUACUGCAAGCUCGAUUAUUUCAGUAGGUUCGGCACUAAGUGUGCCCAGUGUGGCCGACAGGUGUACGCCAGUGACUGGGUGCGACGGGCUCGGGGCAGCGUGUACCACCUGGCCUGUUUCGCCUGUUUCUCCUGCAAGAGGCAGCUGUCGACCGGGGAGGAGUUCGGCCUGGUGGAGGGCAGGGUGCUCUGCCGCAGCCACUACGACAUCAUGCUGGACAAUCUACGCAGAGCUGCAGAAAAUGGCACAGGACUGACUCUGGAAGGAGCGCUACCUUCUGAUCAGGACUGCCAACCAAAACCAGCCAAGAGGGCACGGACAUCAUUCACUGCAGAGCAGCUGCAGGUGAUGCAGACUCAGUUUGCCCAGGACAACAACCCUGAUGCUCAGACGCUGCAGAAACUGGCAGAAAUGACGGGACUGAGCAGGCGAGUCAUACAGGUUUGGUUUCAGAACUGCCGGGCCCGACACAAAAAGCAGCCGCCUCAGAGCAGUUUCUCUCAAAGUGCUCCGCUGUCCAGGAUGCCCCCGUCGCUGCCAGAAGAUAUCCACUAUUCACCGUUCAGCAGCCCAGACCGACCACACCUGCUGGCCCUGCAUGGAUACCUGGACACUCAUCCCUUCUCUGUCCUCGCUGCUCCGGGCCACUUGACCCACCCGUCCAUCUCUUUACCACAGCUUCCCAUCAGCCGCUGA